UACUGAGUAAGCUGUGAUUGGUCACAGCUUGUCACAUGGUACAAGCCUGUUGUGAAUAGGCUUGUACCAUGUGACCUCUGUGAUCAUUCACAGAUUUCACACGUAGUAAGCAAGUGACAUCUUGCUUACUACUUUGCAUGUGAUCACUGAUUGGCCAAUCAGUGAUCACAUGACGGAUACAGCUGUCGAUCACUGGAUCCCGGCCAGAGAUUCCCCGCUGGCACCUGGCAAUCACCGAGUAUCACUGACAGGGGAGAGGUCUGUAUGUAAACAAUACAGAUCUCUCCCCUGUCAGCUCCAGCAUGCUGCAUAGCAA